AUGUCGUGUUUCGGCCUCAACGUCGCCUCGAGCUCGCGAAGCGCCAUGGCCAUGGCGAACUCCAGCGGUAGGCUGACGGCGUCUUCUGUCUGUCGACCUCGUGUAGCGACGAUAGCACUGGCAGCGCCUGUGGGGAUUCGUGCCUUUAUCCGUGACACCGACUCUUCGUGGUCAACGUCGUCAUCCUCGUGGACAUCUUCACCAUCAUCUUCAGGUUCUGGUCAACAGUUUGCAUCGCAACAACAACACACUGUAUCACCGCACCCAGUGCCAGUACGGAUGUCGUCCUCUCCCUCUUCCUCAUCGACCUCUUCUUCUUCAUCAAGCUCCUCUUUCUCAUCGCAACCGCCGUUAUCGAAGCGCUUCUCCACGACAACUUCGCUCUACGCCCUGCACCACUUCGACACCCAAGCCUUUGCGCAGCGCCUCGAAGCAUCAGGUAUCUCACGCGAACAAGCCGACGUGCUCACCGAAUCACUGCGCGACGUCGUCGAUGAAAGCAUUACCAAUCUAGCCAAAGGUCUCGUUACGCGCGAGGAGGGCGACCAGACCAACUACACACAAAAGGUCGACUUUACCAGGCUCAAGUCGGAGCUGCAGCUACUAGAGAGGAACGAUUUUGCGCUCAUGAAGAGCGAGAAUGAGCGUCUCAUGGCCGACGUCGAGAAGCUCAAGCAGAGGUUGCGGGAAGAGAUCACAAGGACCACCGCAGGCGUCAGGCUCGAUCUUAACCUCGAAAAAGGCCGCAUUCGUGACGAGUCGGCCGUGCACGCUCUCAAGAUUAAGGAGGUCGACACGCGCAUCGAAUCCGAAAUUGCCGGCCUGCGAACCAGCAUCCAAAGCGCCAAGUUCAACGUCUUGCAGUACUUGGUCGGUGUGGCAACCGGUGCAGGUGCUUUGCUUUUGGCUUACCUCAGAAUGUUCCGAUAG